AUGGACGUUUUAUUAAAACCAGUAAUCCUUUCUCUUAAAAGGCGAGUUAACCCAGGAAACGUUCUUACUGAUAUUGUUGAAAUCACCUUUAACUCUCCAACCAUUCCUAGAUUUAUCAGUUUAUUUAACUAUCUCUUUUCUGUCACACUUAUGAUUCCCCCUCCUAAGAGGUGUCAUUAUUGUCAACGUUUUCGCCAUACAGCCGAUCAAUGCCGUUCUGCUUACCCAAUUUGUGAAUUUUCCUCUCAACAUUACAUCACAAUCAAAUGCUCUAAUCGAUUACUCCAGCCCAAAUGUAACAAUUGUCGCGAUUCUCACAUGGCUUCUUCUCAUGAUUGUCCACGUUACAAAUUUGAAUUUGAAUUAUCAAAAAUUUGUUAUAUUCAAAAUCUUGUCUACCAAGAAGGCACUGAUGUUUUAAAUUCAAGAGGCAUUCUCUCCCCAAAUUCUCCACUCAACUCUCCACAAUCAAAGGAUUCAUCAUCAUCAUCAUCAUCAUCAUCGAAAUCUUCACCUUCCCCUGUUCUUGACUCCAUGCUCGCUCCCCCUCUUCCAGCUCAAUUUCCUCCUCCAACAAUUCCAUCAGCAUCUUCCUCUUAA